UCAAUAAAAAAAGCAAUCAAUGAUCAAUUUAAUUUUAUUAAUCUUUUAUUUUUAUAAAUAUGAAUAAUAAGUGUUAUAGUAAAGCAAAAGCACCGCGAGAGAUCUUGAACGUAAAACCAUCCAGAUAUGAAGGAUCUGAAGUUAUUCGCAGUAACAAGAAGUACUGGAGCAAUGUUUUUAACGCAUUAUCAGAAACUAAUAAAGAACCAAUGCAAGAAAAUGACAUCAACUGUUUAUCGGAAAUUCUACCGAACGAGCUAUGUAAUAAAGUUUGUAAUAUAUUGCAUAUAAAUUUAAAAACAAAACAAUUAAAAGAAACAGGAAAUAUCGAAGAGCAUAAAACUCGUAGAAUAGUAAAAGAAUCGCUGUUAUCAUGCAGGAAAACUAUAACUAUAAAUAGAGAGUUGGACUCUGAUACUGACGUCGAAUUUAUCUCAAGUGAUGAAGAAGACCAAAAGCGGAAUAUUCAUAGAGAUUUUUUAAGGAAACCAAUUAGAGAGCAAAUCACGUGGGCUACGCACUAUCUUGAACCAGAAAAAGAAGAUGAAAAGAGCUUAGUAAAAAAAGCUGACGAUCUCACUGACAGAAUAACACAAAACUUUUGUGAUUAUAUGAAACAACUAGGCGGUGAUCAGCAAUCACAACUUUUUACACCAAAAGCUAUAAAGGAACUCUUUCAGGUUGAAUUUGACACCCACGUGGCUCGCAGUCUUCAAGUUGUACCGAAAGAAUUGCCCACAGUUGAAGAACGAAUCGCGAAUGUCACUGAAAAUCCAGAGAAAUCGAAGUUCGCUGCUCUCGGACGUGAGAUAUCAAAAGACAUAAAGGCGGAACGUCGGGCUGAUCAUCUACGAGCCUUUAAUCGCAGUCUUCCAAAUAAGAAGCAAUGGCGUGCUCCUCGUAACGAAACAAAAGAUAUGUGGCGAUCAGCUCGCCAUGUACCGAAAGACCUCGUUACUUUGAAAGCAGUUUGGGAAGGCAUUACCAACCUUAGAAGUGUCAAAGAAUACUGUCGUUGGAUGAUAGAACAUCCCGAGUAUCGUAGAGCUCCUUACCUGAGAAGCCUCGGUAUGUUCGAUUCUGUGGUUCUUGACGCGAGGUUGACCUUCGAACUGCAACAGCAAAAUAUGUCACCGCCCCUAACGUCUCCUACAGACAUCCCUGCGCCCAUCGACCAUAUUCGCAAGCGGUUGUCGGAACUAGCUGACGCUAACGUUGAUGGAUAGCUGAAACAAUUAUUCAAUUCUUUCAAGUAUAUAAAAUAUAAUUUUAAAAUGACUAAUAUUAAAACGAUGUUUCAUUUCAUUUUUAUAGAUAUUUUUGCCAAAUAUAUGUUGAUGUAAAAUAUAUAAUAACAGCAAUUAUUUGAGAAUUUAUACAGAUUUUUAUAUUCCGAAUGUCAGAAAUAUAAA